AUGCCCAUUCCUCCAGCGUACCACGAAUCCCUUCCUUAUGUUGACCAGGAACCGACUCCCGAAGCUCUGGCCGCAGCCCGUGACCUAAUCGCCGCCGAAGCAUCCUCUCAACCUCCCCUGCCGACUUCCAAUCCAGAACCCUCCUUCACGCCCGCCAUGAUAGCCGAGCUUGAGCGCGUCUCCAAAUCCACGCCCCUUGCACCGCUCGAUUUAAGCCGUUACGAGGCUCCUUCUCCCAGCGCCCCUCCAGCGACCGCCCUGCCCGCUGCCGCCAUCGCACAUAGCUACCUCUCCUCACGUCUCACAAACCUCGAGCUUCUAGAGAAGUGGGGAAAGAACGCUUGGCUCUUAGGGAACCAUGGGCUGGAGGCAGAGCUCCAGGCAUUGGAGCGUGAACUUGCUGCUGCUAAGCGUGAAAUCGAUAUCGUGAACCUAGAGAGGCAGAAGAGGCAGAACGCUGUAGGGGCUGAGAUCAAGACACUGGAUGAUACUUGGCGCACUGGCGUCGGUCGGGUGCUAGAAACUGAAGUUGCGGUUGAAGAACUUCGCAGGAAGAUUCGGGAGGAGCUCGCGCGGAGGGCCACAGACGGUCAGGAGCAGUAA